AUGGCGCCGGCCAUUGAGAACCCCUAUGAAGAGCGCCAGACGUUGUUGCUCGAACGUAUUAUCAAGAAUGUGGACCUGCUGAACGAUGCGCUCCAGGAGCUAAAUCGCUCGGUCGCCGAGAUUAACAAUCACAACCAAGAGAUUACGAUUGUCGCGGAAAUGUGGAAUGGGUACCACCGGAACGUGGAAUUCAAUCUGCAGAAUAUGGAGACGGGCGCGGCAGGCGGUGCGAGUGCACAUGCGCCGUGA